AUGUCCUCUGCUGUCGACGCGUCCUUGGGGACGCUCGCUACCCAUGGAGCAGCUGUCAACGCUAUGACCCUCGCCGGCUUCUCCAUUCUCAUCUAUGAUCAUAUUUUGACGUUCGGAGAUGAGGUGAAUCACAUUUGGGGCGACCGGCUGGGGCUUGUGUCGAUGAUCUUCCUGUUGAAUCGAUACAUCAUACCCCUUGUGCUUGCCGUGGACGUCUAUGAAACCAUGGGCCUCACGAGCGACCGCUCUGCGAUCAUGCUCUGCAAGGUAUGGACAACUGUCCAGAGCUACGUCACCAUAGCGUCGUUCAUGUCCAUCCAUGCCAUCGUCGCAUGGCGGUUAUACGCGUUGCACGGGGGUCAGGCGUGGAUACGUAGACUGCUCUGGAUUGCUGCGGUCCUCUACGUCUCGAGCUCCACCGUGGUCAUCACUGUUGCUCUUGUACCCAUCGUCGCUGACCUGAAGCCGUUCCACCAUGAAUGCGUCAGCUCUAUACCCUCUUACUUGUGGGUCGCUUGGCUACCAAGCGUCUUCUUUGAAACACUCCUUUUCGGCCUCACCGUCGUGGCCAUGCUUCGACAGGAGAAACGUCGGUCUUUCAGCACAUUGUCUCUCCUUCUGUAUCGCGAUGGAAUGUUGUACUUCGUCGCUGUCACAGUCUGCUCCCUGUUUUCGCUCCUCGUAUGGGCACUAGCGCCACCAUCCCUGAUAGGACUAGCUCGAUACUUCGCCCUCGCCAUGGUCAACAUCGCAGGCUCGAGACUGGUCCUCAACCUAAAAGGCUUCAAGGCCUCGCGCUGCAGCAUUGAUUCCCUAUCGUUCUCAAUCGUCAGCUCCGAAGCGGCACUCACCCCGCCGCCCGUGAAGUCUGCACCACGGCGACAGCGGAAGGCACGGGACGAGGAGGCCGUGCCUGUGUCCGUGCGCGAAGAAGAGGACCUCGACCUCGAGUUGUACUCGAUAGAGCGGGAUUGCCAGCAGCUGGGGACAAAGCUGCUGCACCAAUCAUUCAAUCAUUUGUAG